ACAGAGGGGGGGGAGUCAGUGGUGGUGGUGGUAAGGUGGCGUAGCGUCUCUCUCUUCUUCUUCUUCUCCUCAUCCUCCUCCUCACAGUUUACAUGUGCAAAAAAAGAAGAGAGGAAUCCAGCACGCGCGCGCACACACACACACUGGGCUUCAAUUUGCCUUCGGAUGAGAGGAGCAUGGACGCGGAUGCAAGAGGCGCAGAGAUGAUGGAGCAGAGAGGAAUAUUUCACAUCUAAACAUGGACACUCCGGGGCUCGCGGCUGCGAUGACUGUGCUCUUCCCCGCGGCGCUGUGAGGAGCUCUGCCUCGUCAACAGUGUUGGAGCGCCAACCCUCCUUCAUCUCUUCCUGCCCCAUCACCCCUUCCCUUCCUCACCUCCAGACAAUCCCAGCCUCCCACUCAAAGGCCUCCAUGUAAAUAUUUCCUGGAUAACAAGAGGACCACAAAGGCAGUCUGAUUGUUAUCAAUGACCUGGAUCAGUAGCAUAAAAACAUGUGUAGACAUGGCCAAAAAAAUAUUUUUGGAAACCUGAAGAGGUAAAGAUUCUAUAUUUUGUUCAUCAAACCUUUGGUAGGAAAGAAAAUCACACAUAGGCCGAUAUUUUGCGCACACAAUCCUACCAUUCCGUUUCCUUUGUUAACUUGACAUACACACCACGGUCUGAUGAUGAUGUGCGAGGUGAUGCCCACCAUUUCCGAGGAUGGGCGAAGUGGAUCUGGCGGGGGCCCCUCCUCUCCUGCUGGGACAGGAGUCGGGGGCUCCGGAGGUGCGAUGGGAGGAGGAGGCUUCAGCGGGAGGGAGAUCAGAAGUGGAGAUGAGGGAGGCAGCACGGGGAACCUGGAGUCCCUGAUGGUCAACAUGCUGACCGAGAGGGAGAGGCUGCUGGAGAACCUGAGGGAGACUCAGGACAGCUUGGGCACUGCUCACCUCCGCCUCCGUGAUCUUGGCCACGAGAAGGAGUCACUUCAGAGGCAGCUGUCUAUUGCCUUGCCACAGGAGUUCGCGGUGCUGACUAAAGAGCUGAACGUUUGCCGUGAGCAGCUCCUGGAGAGGGAGGAGGAGAUUGCCGAGCUCAAGGCGGAGAGAAACAACACGCGUUUGCUGCUGGAACACUUGGAGUGUCUGGUGUCUCGCCACGAGCGCAGUCUGAGGAUGACAGUUGUGAAAAGACAGGCCCAGUCCCCAGCAGGAGUCUCCAGUGAGGUGGAGGUCCUUAAGGCCCUCAAGUCUCUGUUUGAGCACCACAAGGCCCUGGAUGAGAAGGUGCGAGAGAGGCUCCGCGUGGCCCUUGAGAGGGUGUCCUUGUUAGAGGAUCAACUGGCAGCGUCUUCUCAAGAGGUAAUCUCAUUAAAAGACCAAAUUAAAAGACGUCAACAAGGGGUGGACGGCGGGAAAGAUCGACUACCCAACGGUCCCUCCUCUGGCCUGGAGGACGGGGAGCUGGACAGACAGAGAGAGGGAGAGAUAGAGCGACAGAGAUCAGAACUCUCCCAGCUGAGGGAGAGGCUGGCCCUCAUGUGCCGACAGGUUGGAGAAAUAGAGGAGCAGCUUGCGGCCGCCAGGAGGGAGGUGACGAAGUCGGAGGAGGCCAAUCAGAAGCUCCAAAGGGAAGUGAAAGAGGCUCUUUGUCAAAGGGAGGACAUGGAGGAGAGGAUUACAACAUUAGAACGCAGGUACCUCAGUGCCCAGAGGGAGGCGACUUCUCUCCAUGAUAUCAAAGACAAGCUGGAAAAUGAGUUGGCCAGUAAGGAGUCCCUGCACAGACAGAGUGAAGAAAAAAACCGACAGCUGCAGGAGCGUCUGGAUGAAGCCAAGCAGAAGCUCCAGCAGACACUGCAGAGGGCAGAGACGCUGCCUGAAAUCGAGGCCCAGCUCGCUCAGAGAGUUGCUGCUCUCAACAAGGCAGAAGAACGCCACGGAAACUUUGAGGAGAGACUACGACAAAUGGAAGCUCAGCUCGAGGAGAAGAACCAAGAACUGCAGAGGGCAAGGCAGAGAGAGAAGAUGAAUGAUGAACACAACAAACGUCUCUCAGACACGGUGGACAAGCUUCUGUCUGAGUCCAACGAGCGACUGCAGCUCCACCUCAAAGAAAGGAUGGCAGCGCUCGAGGAGAAGAAUGCUCUUUCAGAGGAGUUGUCCAAUAUGAAGAAAAUCCAAGAUGAUCUCUUAGCCAAUAAGGAGCAGUUGCUUGCUGAGUUGGAGCGAAUACAAAUAGAGCUGGAUCAGCUGAGAGGCAGGACUGGCACAGGCUACUCCAGGGCUGGCAGCGUGAGUUCACUUCCCUCCACCCUCUUCCGAAGAUCUCUUCCAGGGAGCUCAUCGGAGCUGCGCUACCCCCAGGGCGGAGGCUCGCUCCCGUCCGGCUACAGCAACUCCACCAGUGGGGUGGUGGUCAGGCGGGCGCACCGCGGCCGAUGGGGGCCUUCUAGAGAUGAUAAUAACAAGUAUGGAGAGUGGGACAGUGGGACAAUGAUUGUUCCCGGGUAUGAUGGUGGUGUGGACGGAGGCUGCUCGGAUGAUGAGGAGGACAGGGAGACUCUGUUCGGAUCGGAGCUUCUCUCUCCCAGCGGACAGACAGACGUACAGACUUUGGCCAUCAUGCUACAGGAACAACUGGAGGCCAUUAACAAGGAGAUCAAGCUCAUUCAAGAGGAAAAGGAGAGCACAGAGCUGAGGGCAGAGGAGAUUGAGAGUCGGGUCAGCAGCGUGGCCCUUGACGCCCCGUCUCUUCCCCCCUCCUCACUGGGAGGACGGGAUAGCAUUAGUCGGGGUUACAUGACUCCCUCCAUCACCUCCUCCACGUUGGCAUCUCCUUCACCUCCCAGUUCAGGACAUUCCACCCCACGUCUGCCACACUCUCCUGCCAGAGAGACUGACAGACAGAAUAGCAAAGAUGGCGAAGAGUGCAGAGCACUCGCCCUGGUUGACUCCACGCCGCCCGCUGUCCCUCGAGCUCUGCGAUUGGACCGGAUGACACACACUCACCCCGGGGCGGGCCUGGAUGACCACCGGGAAUUUCGCAGUCUGUCUGCUGAUGGUGCCAUAACUGCUAGUCAGGAUUCCCUCCACAAAGCCAGCAAAAAGAAGAGCAUCAAGUCAUCAAUCGGUCGUCUCUUUGGCAAAAAGGAAAAGGGAAGAAUUGGUGCAUCAGGGCGCGAGUCCACCUCACUGGCCUCCACACCAUCUGAUGACCUGGGUUCAGCUGAUCCUCUGGGUCUGGCCAAACUUGGGACUGGAACAGUGGAAAAGGACCGUCGCUGCAAAAAGAAGCACGACCUGUUAGAGGAGGCCUGUCGUCAGGGUCUGCCCUUCGCCUCGUGGGACGGACCCACUGUGGUUACAUGGCUAGAGCUGUGGGUUGGGAUGCCAGCAUGGUACGUGGCAGCAUGUCGUGCCAAUGUGAAGAGCGGCGCCAUCAUGGCCAACCUCUCGGACACAGAGAUCCAGAGGGAGAUAGGCAUCAGCAACCCUCUGCAUAGGCUCAAACUGCGUCUGGCCAUUCAGGAAAUGGUCUCCCUCACCAGUCCGUCAGCACCAGCAAGCACUCGCUCUUCAACCAGUAACAUUUGGAUGACGCAUGCUGAGAUGGAGUCUCUCACUGCUGCUACUAAACCAGAGCAGAAGGAGUUCAGCUGGGACCAGAUCCUGGCCUAUGGAGACAUGAACCACGAGUGGGUUGGAAAUGAGUGGCUGCCCAGCCUCGGCCUGCCCCAGUACCGCUCCUACUUCAUGGAGUCACUGGUGGACGCCCGCAUGCUCGAUCACCUCACCAAGAAAGAACUGAGGGGUCAACUGAAGAUGGUGGACAGUUUCCACAGGGUCAGUCUUCACUAUGGUAUCAUGUGCUUGAAACGCUUGAACUAUGACAGGAAGGAGCUGGAGAGGAGGAGGGAUGAGAGUCAGCAUCAAAAUCAAGAUGUCGUGGUAUGGUCCAAUGAGCGAGUGAUGUGUUGGGUGCAGUCAAUUGGCCUGAAAGAGUAUGCGGACAACCUUUUAGAGAGUGGGGUGCACGGGGCCCUUCUGGCACUAGAUGACACCUUCGACUACACCGACUUGGCCCUUCUCCUGCAAAUCCCCAAUCAGAACACACAGGCAAGGCAGGUCCUAGAGAAGGAGUACAACUCCCUCAUCUCCAUGGGAACAGAGAGAAGGCCAGAUGAGGAUGGAACAAAAACAUUUACUCGAUCUCCAUCCUGGAGGAAGAUGUUCAGGGAGAAGGACCUCCGGGGCGUGACCUCUGACUCCUCAGAAACAUUACCUGCCAACUUCCGUGCCUCCGCCAUCUCGACUCCCUCUGUCACCCUGAGAAAAGUCCAGAGUGAAGUGAACUCCGGUCAGAGAGGAGAGUCGGGCUCCGUGAGAACAUAUUCCUGCUAAAAGAUAAGCACACCAGACCCACACCUCUAUCCUAAAGCACGGGGAAGGAAGAGGGGAAAAAAGUGAGGAUCAAAAUCAAAAGUGGACACUACAACGUUCAAGCCUCGAAGAAUCAAAGACACUUGAGUGAAUGAGUGGUGAAAAGAUCAAAAGAUAAUGAGUGAAUGUUUGUUAAUUCAUGUCUCUCUCUCUCCAUUUUGAUCCAUAGUUGUGGCAUGAUGCUGUUUGAUUCUGUAGAAAGUGACCAUUGCCUGUUGUGAAUUCAUCUUCUGUUUCUGAGUGUGACAUGGCAAUAUUGACAUGAGAGAAUUUAUGGGUUUUGUUUGUUUGUUUGUUUUUUACACUGGGAAAUGCAUUCCUGCUCAGAUCAAGAAGAGAAUUGUACCCUCACACAUCCUUCCAGGUGUUUGUACUGAGAAGAGAACACACUUAGUGACAUGACAGUAAGACAGCGGGAGCGUUAGCUUUCAGAGGACAGGAUGUAAGUGUAUAAAGGAUAAAUUUAUUGUAUGUUCCCAAGCCAUAACAGACAUGAGAUGCACAAAUGUGAAUAGGUCUGACGAUGAGACAGUUAGCAAAGUGCUUUACGACAAAAUCCUGUUCAAAGUGGUGGAAAAAAAAGAUUGAAGCAUUUGUUUCAAUAUGCAUGCCAAAAUCCAUUCUAGAGUGAACGUCAUGAUAUCGAUCACCUACUGAUGUGAACAGCUCGGGUCAGGAGUUUGUAAAAUGUGUGUGUUUUAUUUUGAUCUUUUUUUUUGUAUGAUAACUGCUAGUGUAUGUAUGUACAGUAUGUAUGUGUGUGUGUGUGUGUGUGUGUGUGUGUGUGUGUGUAUUAAACUGUACGUUCAUUUCAUACUUAGUUUUACGACGGUUUAAAUGAUUUUAUUUCAGUUUGACAGAGAAAAAAAAACAACGUUUUAAUUUAUGGACAUUUAAGAUAUGAUACUUGUAUGUGUAUAUUUCGAGGAAAAACAAAACAAAUUGUGAUUUGAAUUCAUAUUAAUGGAGAGUAGUGAUGAUAAUUGAAUAUGAUAUGAUAAUAAUGAUAAUGAUUGUAAAAGCUGUAAUUAAAAAAAAAAAACAUACCUGUACAAUGCUGCCGAAGAGGUUGUUUGACGGUUUACCCUCACAAUGACACUCACAGGUGAAUUUUCCUUUUAACUAUCAUGUCAUUAUGUUCAUACUGUCACUGACUACGCUAGGCAAACUAAAUCAAAUGUACGAGCCAUCUUAAAAAGACACGCACAUGUAAAAUGUGUCAAACUGCAGCCAUUAGUGUUUAAAAAUUGGUUUUGCAAUACCAAUUUUUAAACAUCGAAUAUUGUUGGUUGCCAGGAAGUUACUGUGUUUAUGCACAUGCACAUAUUCACAGUGUUGGAAUUACACCGUGACAUUAGGGGGACCAUUUUUUAUUCGGAAGCUGCCUGCUGUUUGGCUACUGAGUUUUGGAGUGACAGCUCAGUGGGUUUGGGGUCGCACGAGUUCCACACGGACAUCGACUUCACACCUCUUUCACACGCUGCUGACACAAUGUGGGGGAUUAAGUGUUGCCCAAGGACGACAGGUGAUGCCACUUCAUGUGUAACAAUGCUCUCAAAUGUCCGUUUAAAACUGGAUUUGGUUUCAUUGACUAUCACAUUCGCGCCAGUUUUACCUCAGUAAUUACAGAGGGUUGACUUGUGACAGGGCUA